AUGUGUGGGACGAGCCUCCCUUUGUGCCGAGGCAGGGUCACUGCUCUUCAACGCACAAUGUGGACACUCCAGAAACGGCCAGGAUCCGCACAUUUUCCUCCCGCUGCUCCACUGGCCUUCCCGCUGACUGUCCUUCAUCAGCCCCGCCAUCGGCUGUUUCGGACGAGUCCGGCAGAAACGCCUUCUUCUAUGCGUAUUUUCAUUGACUUUAAAACACCGGGGCCUGUUCUGCUUUUCCUUUUUUUUUUAAAUACCCCUCAACGGGCCCACGAUGUCCAGCGAAGUGCAAAGACCGGACGACAGCCCCAGCACCAGCGGGGGAAGCUCAGAUAUUGAACAAAGGGAAUCGGUACCACCUGAACAGGAGCGAGAGCAAGCACAGCCCAAAAAGAAGGAGACCAAGAUCUCGAGUAAAACCGCUGCUAAACUUUCAACUAGUGCCAAGAGGAUUCAGAAAGAACUUGCAGAAAUAACACUAGACCCACCUCCAAACUGCAGCGCUGGCCCCAAAGGAGAUAACAUCUACGAGUGGAGGUCGACCAUCCUGGGACCCCCAGGCUCCGUGUACGAGGGAGGCGUCUUCUUCCUGGACAUCGCCUUCACGCCAGACUACCCCUUCAAACCUCCCAAGGUAACAUUUCGUACGAGGAUCUAUCACUGCAACAUCAACAGUCAGGGGGUGAUCUGUCUGGACAUCCUGAAGGACAACUGGAGCCCCGCCCUCACCAUCUCCAAGGUGCUGCUGUCCAUCUGCUCCCUGCUCACAGACUGUAACCCAGCCGACCCUCUGGUAGGAAGCAUCGCCACACAGUACCUGACCAACAGAACAGAGCAUGACAGAAUAGCCAAACAAUGGACGAAGAGAUACGCCACAUAGGCACCCAACCGUCCCCUCCUUUACUUCCCUCACCCUUCACUGUACCUCUCUCUACCUCUCUCUCUCUCUCUCUCAACCUUAGUCUGUCAAAGCACACUCACUAAGUGCAACAGUAUACCUGCCCUCCUAUCACCCUCCUCAUCCUCCCCAACAUUUUAUCUACCUUUUCUGUGUUAAAAAAAAAAAAAUUCAAACAAAACAAAAAAAUGUCCUUUGUUCCUUGUUGACUUGAAAGCUUCUUUUUUUUUUUUUUACAAAGAGUAGAUUGGGAUUUUUAUUUUCCAAUAUCUGAAUGUUGGAAGUAUUGUAUUGGAGAGAAAAAAAACAAAACACAGAAUAUUAUAAAUAUGAUACGCAUUGUCCUCCAGCUAUACAGUAUGUAUUCUCAUUUUUCUUAGUGGCACCUGGAACAAACAUGCAGAAUAUAUGCUUUUACUUUGUUUUCCGUGUUUAUUUUUGGUUUUUUUUGUAUGUGUCAUCAAUAUGUUAUCUGCAUGGAACAGGAAGGUUUGCGUCAAAAAAGAAAAAGAUCCUUCAUGCUUUUUAACUUCCUCUGAUUUUGUUUGUACUGUAUGUAUUUUUUCAAAGGCUUUUGAGGCAGACCACAAAAGUAUAGGUCUGCCUGUAAAAGAGGCAGGACUUGUAUAUUUACUGGCUACCCGCCACCUCUGCAAUUGCAGAGUGGUUUGUUGUGCACUUGUAUUACUGAAGCACCCAAUAAAACACACUGUGGUUGGCUUGUGAGAAAACGA